AUGGGAAUAGCUCACAGAGAUCUCAAGCCAUCAAAUCUCCUUAUUGACCAAUAUAAUAGAAUCAAGAUUGCAGAUUUUGGAUUAGCAGUUUCUGCAGAAAAGAAUCAGAAGAUUACAAGAUUUGGAGGAUCUUUAACAUUUUCUUCUCCAGAAAUUAUUAAAGGUCUUAAACAUGAUCCAUUCAAAGCCGAUAUUUGGGCACUUGGAAUUACCUUUUAUUGCCUUGUUUUUGGAAAGAUUCCUUAUACUGCAACAACAGAAGAUGAGUUAAAGCAACAGAUAUCCGAUGCAAAAAUUACUAUCCCUGCUACUUGUGACAAAAGAAUUUCUAUUAUAUUAGAUAUGAUAUUGAAGCCAGAUCCUGAUGAACGUCCAACAGCUGCUGGUGUCCUUCAGAUCUUCAAUUACAUACGUCCAAAGAAACCACAGCUAAGAUUUCCCAAUGUUGAAAGGAAAGUUAGGUUCAAAUCUCAGCAAGUUGAAAGUUCACAUCUUGCUCGAAAGAUUCCUGCUGGGCACAGAAGGAAUAGUGCUGUUAUUGAGCACAAUUAG